AUGAACAAAGUUAUUAUCUUUUUAUUAACGAUCAUUGCCACUAUCUGUGUUGCACAAGACGCAUCAGGUGAUUUUCAAAAUCUAACCUAUGUAGCCAAAGUUAAACCAGUUACAGAUAGUGGUUCAAUGUCAAUCACCACCUAUUUCUCACCAGAUACUAGUAUCCAAACUGAAACUAAUCUUAUCCAAAAUGCACAAGAAUCAAUUGAUAUUGCUAUUCCAGGAUUUGAUUCAUGGAAUUAUUGCACUGAUACUUAUGAAGGUGUAUAUGGAUGUACUGUUGCCAAUCAAAGAAGUCAAGAGACAUUCCCAAUCUUUCAAGCAUUGUUGAAUGCCAUUCAUAGAGGUGUUGCUGUUCGUAUCAUUAGCAACAACUUUUAUAGUGUCAAUGAAACAUUGACCAGUGGAUACAUUGAUCCACUCAGUUUCCUUGCCUUGACCGGUGCUCAAGUUCGUUAUUUCACGACACUCACAUUUUUGCACAGCAAGUACAUGAAUGUUGAUGGCAAACAAACAUCAAUCUCAUCGAUCAACUUUAGUCAAACUUCAUUUAUGAAGAAUCGUGAAGCUGGUGUCAUUGUCCAAGGUUCAUCUGCCAUCUCUGAUUUUACCACCUCUGUCUUUGAACUCGAUUGGGAUUUGGCUAUCGAUUGGCCAACCAUCUCCUAUUCUGCCAGUGAUAUGAGUAUCAUCACCGACAAGACACCAGUCACUGUCAACAUUCCACAACCAACCAGUUUCCCAGGUAGCUAUGUAACCAAGGCUACAACCACCACUGGCAACGUUGAUGCAGAGGUAUUCACAUCUCCAGACAAUGCAUGGACCACUGUCAGUGAUGAUAUCUCUUCCUCCAAGAGUCUCAAAGUCUACAUCUACCAAAUCACCGAUCAAGAUUGGUGUGACUUUGUUGGCAAUUACACUGGUGAAUUGACCAUUCUCGUAUCUAGCAAGAUCUACUCUCACGCCGACUAUGAAAGUGCCUAUUUAUGUUACUCUCAUCUCUAUGGCAAGGGUAUCACCAUUAGAAAGACUGCUAGCAACAUGUACACCUACUCCCACCAAAAGUAUUGGAUCCUCGAUGACAACCGUGUCUAUGUAAGCACUGGUAAUUGGGGUGAUACUGAUUAUCCUACUGGCUCUAACGUAUUCCCUGCCUACAAUCAAAGUCCACAACUAUGGAGAAAAACUAAUCGUGACUUUACUAUCAAGAUGCAAAAUAGUGAUAUCGUUGACAUCUAUAGUACUUUAUUUGAAGAGGAUUACUCUAGAGGUUAUGAUUGGUAUCCAUAA